UAAAUCAACAAAAGAAAUGCCAACAGAUGUCCCAAAACCAACCUACACACCAUCAUAUAGAAGUGAAGGCACAACUCUUCAACCACUGGCCACAGCAUCCACAAAUGUGUCACCCACAUCUGUAACAAGACCAGCAACCAAGGAGGAAGGUAGCAGUACUGAUCAGUUUACACAAGAAUUUACCAAAUCUGCAGCAUCUGUGACAACUACGUCAGUAACACCAACUCAGGCCAUACAACAUAUAGCACAAUCAACCAUGACAGAAAACACUUCACUGGAAACAUUUCAGAGUACACCUGAGGGAACACCAGAAUCACCAAAAAGUACGGCUAUUCUAACAGGAUCUAGCACAUCAGAAACGGCCCCAUCAAAAACAAAUGAAUGGUAUACAACUUCAAAUCAGUCUGCUGGAUCAACAGAUGGUAAAGGUUCCACACCAUCAUAUGGUGAAUCAGUGACCAACACAAUAACGCAAACUACAACAGCUUCGCUUGCAAAAUCACAGGAUUUAUCAACAAUCUUAACUCCGGCAACACAGUCAGAAACUUCAGCAGGAGCUAGACCAUCAGAGAUAGCCAAAUCAGCGGCUUCACCAAUGUCAACGUCAGCAUCAUCUACAACAGAGCCAUCCACAGGUGGGAAUCAAACCUAUGGCUCAACAACAACAACCCGACAUACAACACCAACAAACAGUGCAAAUGGGACUCCUUCCCAACGUAAAGGAACUGUUGCUAACAAAAAUGUAAACAGCUCUGUCACACCCUCACCCUCAUUCAGCUCUUUACCAUCUACAGUAAUGGUUCCAAAAUCCACUGCUGUAAUAGAGUCGAGUUCGCCUUCACUAUUUUCUACAGAGCAAUCAUCACCAAACACUGCCCAAGCCAACACAACAGGGCCCCAAGUUAACUCUACAUCUUUCCCCUCAUCUAGGGCCAACACAAUAUUUUUUAAGUAUACACCCAAGAUUGCCACUUUGACCCCUCUUAUCUUUGAUUAUCCAAUUGUGAACCGCAUCAGCUUUCCUGCUUCCAAUGAUUCAAACCCAGAAGAACAAUUGCAGAACAACACAAAUCAGGCAGGCAGCACCUGAUUGAUAGUCACCUGAUGGCCCCCUUGGAGAGCAAUAACACAGAAAAAAAUGCGUCAGAGACUGUAGCAAAAUGUAUUGUAUCAAGUGACGUAAAAGAAGAAAAAAAAUACUUUGCCUUCAGCUUGUCUUGAUCCCACAUGUCUGUGACAGUGAAAGACCUGGUUUUGCAAGCUGCGUGUUAUUUUCAUUAGCUCACCUGCCCAUUGAUGUGAAGCAGAAUGUUACAUAGAUUAGAUAGGCUGUAGCUCUGAAAUAAAUGGUGUACAGCAAGAAGUAACCUGAGUUUCAUUUAUGCUCUGAAUUGUUGUAACAAUGAUUGUAAAAGUGAGCCAAGCACUGACAUGUUCGUGGUGGUUGUGGUGUUUAAGUAAGGUACACUGCACUCCUCUCUUUGUUUGAAUUCAAGUUUCCAGGUGUGUUAACGAACAUGAUGAAAAAAGAACGAAAAAGAAUACACAUAUGUACAAAUUGUAUAUAAUUUGUGCUUUUUAGUAUGCCAAGCUGUUUUUAAGCUCUUUUCUGUGUAUAAAUGCUCAACAGUCUUUAAUCAUAAUUAAGUUUAACGCAUAAUUAGGUGCACCAAAGCAAAAGCACUGGAGCACAGUAGUUGCUAUUUUUCAAAUUUAUCAUUAUUUAAAUUCUCAUUGUUAUGUAUUGUAUCUUAUCUCUCAGAUCUGCUUUUACUAUACGAACCCUCGCGGACCCUGAGGUCCUCUGGUGCUGGCCUUUUGAUUGUCCCUAAAGUCAGGACACAUACUCAC